AAUCUUUGGUUCUUCAUUUCCAAACUCUUCAUAGCUAAAAUUUUGUGGAUAGCUCUGAAAAGCCUGAUCAGUCAUGCACUUGAAAGGCUUGGAGAGGCCCAAUUUGGGGACUUGGAAGAAGACUUGCUUUAUGCAAAUUAAGUAUGAAAAAGACCCCAUCAGGAAGCAAACUAUGAUCGUUCGUUCCUUGCAUAUAUAGUGUGAUUGUGGUAACACUAACUUGCAGAAACUCUUUCUAUUCUCCCUCCCAGCCUCAGCUCAUCUUGAUGGGGAGUUUUUACGUGGUAUUCCUUGUAGGAUUGCUGUUAUUGCAGUCAUGUGUGGUCAAUUUGGCCAUUUCUCCCUCAAACUUCACUGAUCUGUCAGCUCUCCUUGCCUUCAAGUCUGAGAUCAAACUGGAUCCCAACAAUGUUUUGGGGAGUAACUGGACCAAAACAGAGAACUUCUGCAACUGGGUUGGUGUCUCUUGUAGCCGUCGAAGACAGCGAGUGGUGGUUCUGAGCCUUGGAGACAUGGGUCUCCAAGGCACCAUUUCUCCUCAUGUUGGUAACCUUUCCUUCCUUGUUGGGCUUGUUCUCUCUAACAACAGUUUUCAUGGCCAUCUGGUACCUGAAAUAGGGCGUCUGCAUCGCUUGAGAGCACUUAUAGUAGAACGCAACAAACUCGAAGGAGAGAUCCCUGCAAGUAUACAGCACUGCCAAAAGCUUAAAAUCAUCUCUCUCAAUUCCAAUGAGUUUACAGGGGUCAUACCAGCAUGGUUAAGCAACUUUUCCUCACUUGGUACCCUAUUCCUUGGAGAGAACAAUUUUACAGGUACUAUUCCAGCUUCUUUGGGUAAUAUUUCCAAGUUAGAAUGGCUUGGUCUAGGUGAAAACAACCUCCAUGGAAUCAUUCCGGAUGAGAUAGGGAAUCUGAAUUUGCAGGCAAUUGCCUUGAACCAAAAUCACCUUACUGGAUCAAUACCCCCCUCCAUUUUCAAUAUCUCCUCCUUGACACAAAUUGUCUUUUCAUACAAUUCCCUUUCCGGAACUCUUCCAUCAAGUCUUGGUCUUUGGCUUCCAAAUCUUCAGCAACUUCUCAUAGAAGCAAAUCAGCUUCAUGGAAAUAUCCCUCUGUAUCUAUCAAAUUGCUCUCAGCUCACAGAGUUGAUAUUAACAUCAAACCAAUUUACUGGACCAGUCCCCACAAGUCUAGGCCGUCUAGAACACCUCCAAACGCUUAUUCUGGCAGGAAAUCAUCUAACAGGUCCAAUUCCAAAGGAAAUUGGUUCCCUGCGGAAUUUGAAUCUGCUUUACUUGGCAGACAACAAUCUGAUCGGAAGCAUUCCAUCAACAAUUAAGGGAAUGAAAAGCCUGCAGAGGUUGUUUCUUGGUGGUAACCAACUUGAACAAAUUAUUCCUAGUGAGAUUUGCCUCUUGAGUAACUUGGGCGAAAUGGACCUCGGUUAUAAUAAUCUGUCUGGAUCAAUUCCAAGUUGCAUAGGAAAUCUUCGUUAUUUACAAAGUAUGAUCCUAAGUUCCAAUUCACUAUCCUCCUCAAUUCCAUCAAGCUUGUGGAGCCUUCAAAAUCUCUUGUUCUUGGAUUUCUCCUUUAAUUCACUGAGUGGAAGCCUUGAUGCAAACAUGAGAGCAUUGAAGAUGCUGGAAACCAUGGACUUAUCUUGGAACAAAAUUUCAGGUAACAUUCCAACCAUUUUUGGGGGCUUCCAAAGCUUGCGUUCUCUUAAUCUAUCAAGGAACUCAUUCUGGGGACCUAUUCCUGAAUCACUUGGUGAAAUGAUAACACUGGAUUACAUGGACCUUUCCCACAACAAUCUAUCCGGCCUGAUACCAAAGUCUCUUGUGGCACUUUCAAAUCUUCACUACUUGAAUUUGUCUUUCAAUAAGCUGUCAGGGGAAAUUCCAAGUGAAGGGCCCUUUGGAAACUUUACAGCAACAUCUUUCAUGGAGAAUGAAGCACUUUGUGGGCAGAAAAUCUUUCAAGUCCCACCUUGCAGAAGUCACGACACCCAAAAAUCCAAAACUAUGUUUCUUUUGAAAGUUAUUCUUCCCGUCAUUGCAUCAGUGUCAAUCCUUAUUGCUCUCAUUCUCAUUGUGAUAAAAUAUCGAAAGAGGAAUGUGACAGCACUGAAUUCAAUUGAUGUAUUACCUUCUGUGGAGCAUAGAAUGAUUUCAUAUCACGAGCUUCGUCGUGCAACAAAUGAUUUCUCUGAAGCCAACAUCCUCGGAGUGGGAAGCUUUGGUUCUGUGUUCAAAGGAGUACUUUUUGAUGGGACAAAUGUUGCUGUUAAAGUUCUAAAUUUGCAAAUUGAGGGUGCUUUCAAAAGCUUUGAUGCAGAAUGUGAAGUGCUUGUAAGGGUUCGACACAGGAAUCUCGUUAAAGUCAUAAGUUCAUGCUCCAACCCUGACCUAAGAGCUCUAGUUUUGCAGUACAUGCCCAAUGGAAGCCUUGAGAAGUGGUUGUAUUCUCACAACUACUGCUUAAAUCUCUUUCAAAGAGUGAGCAUCAUGGUGGAUGUUGCAUUAGCUUUGGAAUAUCUCCAUCAUGGUCAAUCAGAACCUGUGGUGCACUGUGAUUUGAAGCCUAGCAAUGUCCUCUUGGAUGGUGAGAUGAUAGCUCAUGUCGGUGACUUCGGCAUUGCGAAGAUUUUGGUAGAGAACAAGACUGCAACACAAACCAAGACUCUAGGUACUCUUGGCUACAUCGCACCAGAGUAUGGCUCGGAAGGAAGGGUGUCCACAAGAGGUGACAUUUACAGCUAUGGAGUAAUGUUGUUGGAAAUGUUUACAAGAAAGAAACCCACUGAUGUUAUGUUUGUUGGAGAAUUGAGCUUGAGGCAAUGGGUUAUGACUUCAAUUCCGGACAAAAUAAUGGAAGUCAUAGAUGCCAAUUUACUAAGUAUCGAAGAUGGAAGAGAUGUGAUUGCAGCACAAGGUGACCUUUUUGCAAUAAUGGAACUAGGCUUGGAGUGUAGCAGAGAAUUCCCUGAGGAGAGGGUUGACAUAAAAGAAGUUGUGGUCAAGCUUAACAAGAUCAAAUUAAAACUAUUUUGAAACAUUCUUUGGGGUCAUUUCUGGGGCUUUGCAGAUGGGGCAGACAUUCUUCACCAGCAGCCACUUCUUCAAGCAAUCUGCAUGGUACUCAUGCCCACAAUCAAGAAAUACAAUCUUCUCAUGAUUCUGAUACUCCUCCCGGCAUAUAAUGCAGGAAUCAUUUUCCUGAUCCAUACUUGCAGCUUCUUUCAGAUUGAGACAAGUUAAAGAUAUAUAAGUUCUAGUUUUUAGACAAUUUGUGAUGGAUUUCUCUGACAACCCAGUGCUUACUUCCCCUACUUCAUAAAAUGCUGAAAGAUCUAGUAUGGCAACUUCUUCUGCUGGGAGCAUUCUCAAGUAAGGAAGAUUACCAUGUCUCGAUGUUGCCUCAGGUACGACUCCCCCUCGAUGAGAUGGGUAUGUUCUAAUCCCAGUAGGUGGAACAGGACCUGGAUGCCUGGGCCCUGCCUCUACACCAACCUGAGGAGGCAGAGGACCACGUGAACUAAUUGUGGCAAGUCUAUACGAAGAUGCCACUACUUGAGGGUGGAAAUGGCUUCUUGCUCCUUGCAGCAGUGGUGGUGGUGGUGGUGGUGGAUAAUGAAGAUUAUGGUGCCAGUGAAGGACAGAAGGUUGAAGGUAAUUGGUGGAACUUCUGCCACUAGAUGUAUCAUGAUAUCCCUGUAUACCCACAUUCCAAGCCUCUCUAGAACCUCUACUGAUAUUGCUCCCAUGCAAAUAAGGUAAAGCAGUCCAUGAUUCCAGGCCAAAGUUCCCCCAUCACUACCAUUAUUGCCUGAUCGUUGGUCAACCCAGGGAUUGCCAGAAGGCUGAAAAGGAUGGCCAAUAUGGAUUCCUUGAACCAUAUGAUUAUGAUUAUGUUCCAGAACAGAAUCCAGCCCAACAGCACCUGAUCUGUUCCUCACACUUCUGUGAGAUCCUACUUCCAUGAUUGCUCUGAACUGUGGCUGGGCAAAAGAUGCAGAAUCCAUCAUGGAAACCUCGGAUGAUGCCUUGUAUUGAAAGGGGGAACUGAAGAACUAGAGCUUGCUUUGCCAUUAAUAUACUGAAAAUUCCCCAGGAUGCCUUGAGUAUUCUUUCGUUCUGUAGAAACUCCAAUGACGCCUUGAUUGCUGGAAGAUGACAGCUGAUCAGAUGGUUCGUGAUUUAUAGAAACAGGAGCAACUAUAAAUGUUGGACUUGGGACUGGAUGAUGAUGCCCACCACCAUUGUAGUGCCCAAUCCCAUAGAACAUGGCAGAGCCAUCAUAAUGCUCAGGUAAAUGACGCACAUCAAAAUUACUUGAAUUCCCUGGAGCUGAUAACAGUGUGCGUAUUAGGCUGUGGAAAAUUUGUUAUACCGAUGACAUG